AUGAUCUCUUUUUGGUUACGUUACGCAGAAGUACUUUAUUUUAAAGUACGUGCUAGAAGUAAAGUCUGCUUUCCAGUUACGCGUUUUUGCACGUGCGUGUACGCACGGAAAAGUUAAUAUUCCUUUUAACUUUUCCUUAUGAAAUUACUAGUUGCAUAAAAAGACAGCAUACAACUUGAUGUGUGAUUUAAUGUGCAUUCGUUAAGGUAAUUAGUACUUGAAUAAAAUUUAGAAAGAUUUGAACUUGCGUACACGCACGUGGAAAAAACGCGUAACUGGAAAGCAGCCUUAAGUUAAAGCUGCAUUUCGAUCGCGGUUCAGUCAAACUGCUGCUGGGACCCCGGGGUUCUGUCGAAACCCGGUGCACCCACAGUCGAACAGUGGAUGCUUUCGUUAAAAAAUUAAACAUCGAAUUUUCUUUUUCAGUUUUCCGCUAGUGUAGCACUCGCGUUGGAAACCAAGACAUUAACGGGAAACCUGCGGCAUGAGUUCGUCAGAGAUAUUUGCACUCAUAUAUCGUCAAACGGCGUGUAUUUUCUGAACAAGCUAGAAAGAAACCUGGUCGCCACCGCCAUAGUGACAAAAUACCCCUUUCUUAAAGAUCCCAUUGGCAGCGGAUUGGUGAGUUUGUUAUUAUUUGUACUUUUUAUUUUUGAUUCGAGUUCAUUACUCUUUGCGGUUAUCCUGAAUGAAUUUAUACGAGGAUGGCCGAGCUACGCUAGCAACGAUUGCACGGCGCGUGAAAAACCCUUAGGCUAUGACGUUAUGGCUGAAGUUAACUUUGCUUAGAUUGUUGUAACAACAUUUAUAUCUCAUGUGCGUCGGUUUUCUUUGUUCGUCCGAGGUUUAUAACUAGCUUAUAUACCUUGAAUAAAUGAUUAGAUGAAACUUGUAGACAAAACGCGAGAAUUUUUCAUUAAAAAUUUUUGAAAAUGACAAAAUAUGUUGGAAAACCUCCGCAAAUGAGAUAUAAGUUAGUUAUAAACCUCGAAAGUCGGUUUAUAACUGAUAUAUUGCCCUCGGACGCUACGCGUCCUCGGGGUCAAUAUAUCAGUUAUAAACCUCCUACUCGGUUUAUAACUCUAACUUAACUGAUGUUGUUUGUGUUGCUUGAAAGGGCUCCUGGGAAGAAGCCAUCAAAAACCGGUUCAAACAUGUCCGUAAAUAUGAUGCAAAGAAGAGGAAACUCAUCAAUUCAGAUACUACCACACCUACCAAAGCUGCACCACCUGUUAAGAGAACAAAAAAGUCAGAUUUCUGGAAUGAAGUUCCAAAUUAUAUUAAUGAAAACGAGGUCUUUCUCGAUGAGCAUAUUGCAGAGUUAGAAAAGCAAUGCUCCAGACCACCAAGCCACCAAGAUACCGGAAAAAUCAAGCUGCUGAUGGCUCAAACUUUUGAAUAUAGAAGAAAAGAAAUCUUGACCACCCUCGUUCCCGUUAAGGACAUACUGGCGAAAUAUCCCCCUCUCGCCACGGCUAUGGGGGUAAGUGCUUGGGACUAAAUCCAGAUCCAAAAUACAGUGGAGCGAGUACAGUAUUUAUUAUAAAUACGCAGUUAUAUAUUGAUUAUUUGUUUAAAUCUUAAAAUUAUAUAGAUUCGUCAUGAAUUCUGUAGAGUGGUGAAGGACGACAAUGCAGUGCUAGAAAUCAAGGAAAUGUUUACAAAGUACAAGUCAGCAGUUGUUCAAUAUUGCAAGAAGCUACCCCGAAAAGCGCAAUUCGUCAAAAGCCUUCUUAGCUCCUUGCAAGAAGCGACGACAAAGGAACUUGUCUCAGUUGACAGUAAGAUAAUUUAUUGUUAUGCAUGCGAUUCAAAUUAAUAUAGCGCGUAUAACACAUAUUAACAAAAUCGUUCAAUAAAUAAUGCAAUACAAUAGCAAAUAUAAUUAUUAAUACGUUCCUACAAUUUGUAGACAUUGAAAGCAUGUUCGCGUUGAUGGUUCUACCAGAAUUAUUACGGCUAAAAAACAGGAAAACUCAAAGCAGUCUAGUUGAGAUUCUCAGUGUAAGUAUUAUAGCUAUUUAAUAAUAUUUUUAAUAAACAGUGAUCUUUACAGUUAAUUUAGAGAAGGCGAAAGGUUCAGUUAACAUCACAUAAAAACCACAGUAUUUUGCUAAAGUAAAAUAUCAUAUUUACUUCAUAUAUUACCUUUACUCUAUCUUUCACUGUUGAGAGUUGGAAAAUUAUUCUUUGUACGGUCUUACGUUCUUUAUUGAACAAAUUGCUGUUGAAUAUAUGUCAAAUCAGCGUACUAGAACGCAGCCAUAGUAGGGGUGCACCGGAACUCGGUUCCAGCCGGAACCCCGAUUUUUUAGAGUUCCGGUUCCGGCCGGAACUAAUAAAAAAAGCAUGGCCGGAACCAGAACUCUGUCGUUUUCAGACAGAUAGAAUAUCAAACGUUUUUGUGUCUAACAAAAGGUCAUAGUAGGAAGAUAUUUGGAGUACGCAAGGGAAAUGUACACUAUUAACACUUCAUUAUGGUGUUUAACAUUUGUCAAUCUUUUCAUUCUAACAUUUGCGAGCUCUCUCCUUGAAGACUUGAAGUGUCUGCCUGUCUGGCAGCAGACAAAGUAACAUAGGACUACAUAUGGCUCAAUAAAUUAGUUCCGGUUCCGGCCGGAACUUUUUUCCAGUUCCGGUCGAAUCCGGUUCCGGCCGGAACUUAAAAAACUGGUUCCGGUGCACCCCUAAAUUGCCAUAGUGUACUUAAACACUGUUGCUAAUCUCUUUUAUAGUGGGAAAAUAUUAUGCUACUUUUACGUUUUAUUUUUAGGAAGACGAUGAUUUCCAAGCUUUUGUGAGUGGGACAACUUUUCCGAUGCUCAUGGGCGUUGGAGAGAACCCGUUGGUUCCCAAUCGUCUGGCAAUUUGCGUGGAAGGACAAGUUUUGCUAGAUGUAACUCAUCUCCCAGGAGAGACAGUAAUAUCAUGUUUGUAUUGUGUUUACUAUAUUUUUUCUAUUGCUUACCCAGUUGAACACAAAGAUUUCUUUUAUUUUAUCGAUUCUUAUUUAUUUGGAUUGGAAUGUUCUAACGGACAGAAACGCAUUUCUGUCCAAACAUUCGUUAAAGAUUUGGUACAGUAUACGAACAAAGAGUAA